AUGAGCGAUUUUAAUUUCCACUACAUGAAGCAUCAAGCCGAAAUGUCUGGCAAGUCUGGACUUAACAAUGAAAUUCUUGAAUUACAAAAACAAAUGGAAAGUUUGGGCAUGAUGAAGAAGGAGAAAAAAACAACAAUCGAUGAAACCAAUUGCAUGUUUUGUGCCAUGCAUACCCGUAAUCCUCAAGUCCUUAAGAAUUUCUUUUUGAAUUGGCACAAGGUUGCGACCAAUUCAGAUAUAUUAUUAACUCCACUGUCCUCUCUGACCAUUCAAUUGGCAUCAUGUGGAAGUGAAAAUUUACAAUAUUUUGUGGAGAUUGAAUGUAUCAACGCAUUUAUCGAACUCAUGACGAGCAAGAUCAGAUACUCGCCUUUUUAUUGUGUCCGUAAUAUCAACGUUCUCACCAGGGACCGUCCUGGAUUGGUGUUUUUAAAGUUAUUAGAUCAAAAAAGCGAAAGACUUAGUGUGCAAGUAUUGGUCAAGAAACUCAUUCAAGUCAUGUAUGAGCAAUUUACCUUGGAAAAGAGAGAAUGUCUCUUGAUAUUUGCUAAUAUUUGUCAAUUUAUCAUCAGUGAAGACGCUUUAGAUGAAGAUUUUUAUGUCGAAAAAGUCUACAACUUGGCUCAGGAGUUGAAAAGUUAUUUAUUAGAAUUUGGGUUAUUCAAGGCAUUUGUUCAUUGCUUGAAAUUAAUGAACGGUACUCAAUUCAGAGCUGAGAUUGGUGACUGUGAAAAUAUGGACGAAAUGGAGAACCUGCCAAAAGAUCUCUAUUACAAGUACGGGAACGAUUAUGUAGACGCUACAAAAUUCAAUAAUGGUGUACAUCAAGAGGACUGUCUCAGUCGUGCGCAAUGUUAUAUUGGACGCACUCCCUUCGAGCAGGCUGCCAUGACUGAUUUUCAUCGAAGUUUGGCCAAAUCCAUCUACAAAUUUUCUCGUGUCAAAUUUAACAAAUCAAAAGCCGUUCCACACUUUUCAGAAUCUGCAUCUGAAUUUUGGACUCUCGCUUUACAAUUAUUGAAAAACACCACAGAUUAUGCCACUCAAUGCUACUUGAUGGGAGCUCUUUGUUCGUUCGACCAAAAUGGAUACUUUAAGGAAAUGGCACCACAAAUGAUUUGGAACCAUUUGAAAGGUUUGCCCUUGUUCAAUGAAUCUAAAAUGAAGGAUCGAGAUUCAAAGGUUGGGUGGAAAACGAAAUGUGGAAUAUUGCCAGAGGCAGGAUGGUUAGCAAACACAAGAUGGGUACAAUUGAAUGGGGAAUUAGAACCUGAAUAUCAUGAAUUUGAUUUAAGAUUGGAGCAUUUUUCGAAGAAUCUACGUCAAAUGGUGUCUCGAGUGGUCAGCAAUGAAGAUAUUGAACGCGAGGAAGAGGAGCAUGCCAAACAAGCUGCUACUUUGAACAAAGAAACUCUCCAAGAAGUAGACCAACCAAAGAAGACUUUUCACUCUUCAUCACUGAAAAAAUCAACCAACAUUACCUCUCGAACCCUGGGUUCUUCCUCACCGCUGUGUGAGGGCUGUGGAAAACAAGCGUCGAAAAGAUGUUCCCAAUGCCAUUCUGCAUACUUUUGUUCAGCCGAAUGUAUGAAGAAGUGUUGGCCAGAGCAUAAGAAAACGUGUGUGAAGAAGCAGUAG